UGGCGGACGAAUGUUUCCGCGAAAUCGCAAAACGUGAAUGAACGAAGGCAAUUUAUUUUAACAAUGUCCCGGAAAAAGAGAGAUAAGGAAUUCGAAGGUGUAGCACUGGAUUUGCGUGUUAGGAAGACUGUUAAUCCCGUGACAAAGAUUGUUGAAGAAAUCCCAGAGUUGAGCCCAGUGUGGAUUGAGGAUGUGCAAUUUGUUCCCUACUCCCCUCCUCCUGAGCAGCCCUCAUCUGGUUCCCCCUUGGAUCAUGGUGGAAUGGAACAGUGGAUUGAGAGAAUUUCAUUUAUCAGCGAAGACUUAAAAUGGCUUCUGAGUCUUCCACACAGCAAAUUUUGGUGUCAGGUAAUAUUUGAUGAAUCAUUACAACAAUGCUUGGAUUCUUACCUCAAAUAUGCAACAAGGAAUUUUGAUGCACUAUCAGUCUUGCCAUCAGAAGCAGCCACUCUUAAUGAAAGUAUCCACAAAAGAGUCUUCAUGACAUAUCUGAGGAUGUCAACUCACAAGGAAUCCAAGGCUUUUGCAAACAAAAAUACAUGGCUUAUGACUGUUUCUGUGGAAGCAAUCCAUAUACAGGGUUCAGAGAAACGUUUUAAAGAAGAGAUUGAGCAGUAUCGUCAGGAAAGACCCAAGAUUCAGCAGCAGUUUUCUGAUCUCAAGCGGAAGCUGGGUGAAGUGUCUGAAGACGACUGGUUGAGUAUUCCAGAAGUUGGUGACUACAGAAACAAGAAACAGAGAAAUCCUAGGACAGAAAAAUUUCUGAGUAGUUAUGAUUCAAGAUUCAGCAUAAGAGAGGACUUGAACAGAAUUCAACAGCUGACGGCCAGUGUCGAUGAAACACGGAUGGAUUACAUUUUAGAUGCAGUGGACAGUGCACGAAAAGCGUUCCCUCGUCAUUUCACAGAGAGAAAGAAUACUGAUGAAAACGGUUUAACUGUUGGUCGAAGUACUAACGUUGUCGAUACCCUUGUGAAUGUGCGCGCAGAUGAAUUGACCGAAGAACAUUUGGCAAACGUUAAUGGAUUCGUUGAUGACAAGAGUGAGGGAGCAACACCCAAGACAGUGAGUGAUGUUGAGUUGUUCUCCAUGGUAACUCACGUUCAAGAUCUUUUGCCAGGACUUGGUGACGGGUUUGUAAUCAUGUGUUUAGAGGAAUUGCACUUUGAUGUGGAACAAGUUAUUAACCUGUUAUUGGAGGAUAACUUGCCUCCUUCGCUUCGAGACGCCGACAGGAGCUUGUCAAAGGAAACGCUGAUGAAAAAUAAAAAAAAGACCUCGACAACGAUCUUGAAGGAGAGGCACUCUGUUUAUGACAAGGAUGAAUUUGACGUUUUUUCAGGCAGCAAAGUCGAUGUCACAAAAGUUCACAAAGGGAAACGGCGAGACAGAGCGAAUUUGCAGGCACUGUUAUCGGAUAAAAGUGAUAUAACAGAGUCAGUGAAAGAAAGAUACGCAGCUUAUGAUGUGUUCAAUGAACACAGACGGAUGGUCAGCUUGUACGACGAUGAAUAUGAUGAUACAUAUGAUUCACAAAAUGUGGGCGCCCAAGAUGCUGAUUCAGCAGAUGAGCUCACAGUACGAAGGCCGUUCACUAUUCCACGUGUUCUUGGCGGAUCUCCUGAGCCGUCUGACGAAGAGAGCGAAGAAGAGAGCUCUUCUGGGGAAGGAAAAGCGAAAGAAGAUGAACCAGAAAUAGACAAAGCACUCGUGAAUCGACGCUACCGUGGCCCGCGUAAACCAAAGAAAGGUGAAAAGGACGGAGACGCAGCGAAAGAGGGGCAAAAGGGUGGGCCCAAAGGGCGUGGUAGGGGUGUAAGUGAUGCAGAGAAGAAGAACAGAGCACACAAUGAACGGAAUAAAGGAUUGAGAGCCAAUCAUAACCGAAGGGUUGGCGCAGAAAGAAAGAGAGCAAAAGGAAUGGGAAUGCUGUCACAUCGGUAAAGAAUCUGGGCUUGCAGAAUCAAUGCUACGUCACAGUUGAUGAAUAACAAACAAAAUCUAUUAUACGAGAGAAUGUGUAAAAUUGAAACAAGCGGCUGCUGAAUGGGCAGAGUUUAUUCUGACAAGUGUCGAAAGCCAACGAAAAAGCUCUACACGAUGAAAAAGAAGUGUGCUUUCCAAACUAAUGAUGGCUCUUUUCUUACUGACUUUUUUGCCGUAUCUCACUCAAUCAUCGCCAAGGUUUAUCAAUGACAUGCUUUGAAUAGCUCUCCAAUAGAUAUCUCCAGUUAUCUGCGAAAGUUGCAAAAGUUAAAUUGUUGUAUUUCAAAUUUCUAUGUUUGAAUAUUUCCUCUAUUUCACCCAGAAAGAAUGGUGCACCAUGGGAAAGAGAACUCUAUUGCAAGUUAAACCAAAUUUACUUCAUGACAAUUCCAAAGUACUUCUUUGUAGUCCAUGUAACACAAGAGUCAACAAAAAAGUUCAUUAUUGUUGUUUUAAUGUUGAUUCAAAUGUGAUAAUGAGUUAAAUUGUCACACAAGUAAAAUAAUCUAUCCUAUAUAUAAAUCUGAUGGAUAAAUAAAUUGGUGUUACCAAGAGAAGGUCAUAGCAGAAGAACAUCAACAAACACGCUCGUGUGCCAUGGUAUCAAUUCACCCUUUCACUCGUACGUGAUUGAAAUUUUACUUUUCCCUCAGCUGUCAGUACAACUGCCAAAGAACACGUUAUAAUAAGCCACCAACUUAUCAGGUCUUGUUUAGAUGUAAUACCAAAUGCUCCUGCUAAUUUACAAGGAAUUCUAUUGCAUCUAAAGGGGAGAAUAACUGCUCUGAUCUUAAGAGUAAGGGUUAAAAUACCUCAGGUGGUAAGAGGAGCACAUUUUGACUGAGUGUCAUGAAACCAAAACAAAAGCAAUCACAAGGAAGGAAGGAAAAGGAAGGAAAAUGUCACAAGAGCUCAAAUUUAAACAAGCCUGAAGGAGGUGGGCGCAAGAGUGAAUAACUUGCUAUUGGUUUUAGAUUUCAAUCAGAUUGGUUGAUGGGAAGGAGCAAGCUUUCUAGAUCUCAAAACAAUGUUAAGUAAAACCAAAGCAACUUCAGAUUACUGUUGACACUCCAUUGAGAAUUACUCUAAAACCGACGAUCCUUGGAACUGCACUACAAAGUUGAUAUACUAAACCCUCACCCUUUUUAAUGUUAUUAAUAUGGUAAUAAUACUGGUAAUACAUGCCACAGACAUACCAAAACAUAAUUCAACCAUAAAAAAAAA